AUGAAACGCAUUAAACUUGAGUCCAUAUUAAUAAUUAUACUAAUCCAAUGCAUAAAUUGUGCAGAUAAACCAAGUGAUUCAGAAGAUUUUGCUGAUAUAAGUGAUGCACAAACAGGUUCCGUUUUAGAUCCCACAACAGGUGACGAAACUGGAGAUGAAGAAGAUAACUUUGAUGUAACAGAAACAACUGGAGAAAAAGAGUGCAAGAGUGAAGAACCUGAGCAAGAAAGAACUGAUGAACUUAGUAUAAAUCUCGAAGAUGAAAAAUAUAUAUUAGACAUUACUAAAAAAAAGUCAAAAUAUUAUAACUUUUUCAAAAAAAAAGAACAAAUUUAUACAACUAAAGAAGAUUCAAAAUUUCUAGUAAUAAAAUCUGGAAAUAGUGUUAUUUGGAAAUCUGAAAACCCUGAGGUAUAUGGCGAAAAAGUAAGUAUAAAAAUAAUUAAUAAGGAUAUUAAAACUAUGAAAAUUGUUAUGAAUGAUGGUAGCAAAAUGGAGUUCUUUAAAGUUGAAGUGUUACAUCCUUGGGAAAAAAUAACAGCGAAUGGUAAUGAACAAUACAUAUUAGAUAUUGAAAAUAAAAAAGGGAAUGAUGAUUAUGACGUUGUUAAAGAGAAACAAAUUUGUAAAUACACAGUUAAAGAGCAUUACAAAUUCAUUUGUGUUAAAUGUUCUGGUAAGGUAAUUUGGACAACACAUAACCCGAAUGUCUUUGGAACUGAAGUAAUAGUAGAAGGAAGUGGUUUGGGUAAAACGACAAUCAAAAUUUGUCUAAACACUGGUAUAAAGAUAAUAUUCGAAAAACUUUUUAUGUUUAUCCCUUGGAAAGACAUAUCAACUAGUAUAGUGAAUGAUUUCGAGUUAGAUAUCGAAAAUAUAAAAGAGAGUGAAUAUUAUGACGUUGUUGGAGAUCGGAAAAAAUGUAAAUACAGGGCCAGAAAAAAUUAUAAAUUUACUAUAGUUAAAAGUGAUGAUGUUGUAAUAUGGGCAACGCGAGAUCCGGAGAUUUAUGGUAUAGAAGUUAUAAAGAAGGGAACUUCGUCACAAAAACAAAAUAUUACAAUUCAUUUGAACGAUGGAAAUUCACUCAAAUUUUAUAAAUCAUUGGAUUAUGAGAUUUGGGAAAAUUGUACCGCGGGUGAUAAAAAUGAGAUCCGAAUUUAUGCUGAAUCUGAUGAAGAAAAUGGUAUAAUAGAUGUAAUGAGUUCUUCAGAAUAUAGUGUAACUAAAAUUGAUGGAUGCAGGUUUGAAUUUGAGUUCCAUGUUGCAGAUUGUAAAAAAAUAUCUUUUGGAAAAACCCCCCUUUGGGUACAUAAGCGCCGAAAACCGUUUCCUUUAUUUAUGAUAUAUAAUAAGCAAACAUCAAAAGUAACAUUAAGAUUUGAAAGAAGUUUGUUUGUUUCCACACUAAUAGAUGGUGAGUGGAAAUCCGAAGGAAUUGAGUUAGAAGACAUUAGACUAUAUACGGAUGAUGAAUAUGGUUAUUGUGGUGAUUAUACUGAAUUGACUGCGAAUAAAAGUAGCGUUGAAUUAAUCAAACCAAAUAAAGUGCAAUUUUUACUUAAAAAAAGGGCAAAAUGUACUAUGAUCAACGUGGAAGAGAGAACGGUUUGGAAACUACAAGAUAAUCAGGGACAACCUAGUUCAAUAACUUACGACAAAAGAAACAACAUUGUGAAUAUAAACUUUGAAGAUAAUUACUUAAAUUAUAUUCUCAAAGAUGAUGAAUGGAAAUUAACAGUGCAUAAUCUUGUGAAGCAUCUUAAAUUAUACACUGAAAAUGGUGUGAAUGCUAUCAAACCAAUUGAGAAUGAAAAAUACAAAAUCAUUGAUUCAUCAGAAAAUAAAUAUUUGAUUAAACUCUAUGAAGGAUCUAACUGUACUAAAGUUAAGUGUAACGAAAUGACCAUUUGGAAGAGGAAAGAAGGUGAAAAUUAUCCAAUUUGUAUAGAUUAUGAAUAUAAUGUUCGUAAUAAAAAAAUGAUUCUUGAGUUUGAUACGUAUUUUACUACUAAUAGAGUUGAAGGUUAUAAGUGGAUACAAGAUACACAAGAUAUACCAAUAAUUGAAUUGGAAUUUUUUGGAGAAUAUGAAUCCUCAAUUCAGCUAGGUUUAGAUGAUUUCGAUGUAGAGUCAACGCCAGAAAAAUCAUAUAAACAUCAAAUUAAAAAAGGAUUAAAAUGUGUAAAAAUUAAAGUAUUUGGAAGACCAAUUUGGGAGAAAAGUGAUGCAGACUCUCAUCCCAUAUCAAUAACUGUUAUUGGCACCAAAAAGAUUAUAGUUGACUUUGGAGAUUAUAAGCUUAAAUUUAGAAGGACUGAGUGCAAAUAUAAAUUAAUAGAUGUUAAAAGUUUGAAAGGUUCAGAGAAAUAUUAAGGUUUUAAAUAAUUUAAUUAAAAUUUAAUAAUAAUAAUAGGAUAAAAUAAUGAUAAUGAGUUUUAAAUUAAAACUGAGGUAUUUUUUCGUUUCAUCAUAUAAUGAUGUUGAUGUACCAUAGACAUUUACACACACUAGUUUAAAUUUUAAAAAACAUAUUAGUUUUAUU